AUGUAUUCCGAAAUCAGAGAUUUGCUGUACAGGGACCGGACCCUUUAUACAUGCCACUCCGCUGAGAUAGUAGGGUUUGCAACGCCAAGAAAGAGGAAGUCUUGGUGCCCCAAAGGUUCUCACUGA